AGUCCCUCUGUCUUGCCUCCUGGGGAGGCAGGGAGACCUAGGGCCCCCUCCAGACCCUGUAAGUAUCCCUAGGCCCCUUCCUUUCUUCCUUCCUGGCGCUCUGCACAUGCUCAGGAGCUCCUCUUCCCCAGCUGGAGUACGAGGCCCCGCCCCUUCUGCCAGGAGCGGAGCAGAGCGAGCGCCGGCCGCCAGGUGUCGCUGCGGCGCCUCCUCCGGGCCACCCUUUUGGCCUUCGCGGGCCACCGUCCGCCUAAGAAACGACGCCCUUGUCGCCGACUGGAAGGGGCAGAUCGCGAAGGUCUCCGAAGAGCAGCCGCACGAUGAGCGACAUCCGCCACUCGCUGCUGCGCCGAGACGCGCUGAGCGCCGCCAAGGAGGUCCUGUACCACCUGGACAUCUACUUCAGCAGCCAGCUCCAGAGCGUCCCGCUCCCCAUCGUCGACAAGGGGCCCAUCGAGCUCAUGGAGGAAUUCAUCUUCCAGGUCCCCAAGGAGCGCGGCGGAGGCAGCGGAGGCGGCAGCCAGCCCAAAAGACUGAAUUCGCUGCAGGAACUGCAGCUGCUGGAGAUCAUGUGCAACUACUUUCAGGAACAAAGCAAGGACUCAGUCCGGCAGAUCAUCUUCUCCUCCCUCUUCAGCCCACAAGGGAACAAGGCGGACGACAGCCGGAUGGCCUUGCUGGGCAAGCUGGUGUCCAUGGCCAUCGCCAUCUGCAGGGUGCCAGUCCUGGAAUGCGCAGCUUCAUGGCUACAGCGGACGCCAGCCGUCUACUGCGUCAGGCUGGCCCAGGCCUUGGUGGACGACUACUGCAGCCCGGUGCCCGGCUCCAUCCAGACCCUCAAGCAGAUCUUCAGUGCCUCCCCUCGGUUCUGCUGUCAGUUCAUAACGGCAGUCACCAUGCUCUUCGACAUGGCAUCAGAUGAGCUCAUUCCCCCUCCAGACCUGCUGGAGAUGGUGGUCUCUUGGAUCUUCGAGGACCCUCGCUUGAUCCUCAUCACCUUCUUGAACACUCCCAUCGCAGCCAGUCUGCCCAUCGGGUUCCUGGAGCUCACCCCACUCAGCGGCUUGAUCCGUUGGUGUGUGAAGGCCCCACUGGCUUACAAGCAGAGGAAGCCCUCACCUUCCAGUGGCCACCUCAAUGGGAAAGUGGCCAAAGGUGGGCCUGAGGGCUCAGAGAGAGACUGCCGUCCCUUGUACUCCAAGCUGCACCUCAGUGUCCUCCAGGUGCUGAUGAUGCUGCAGGGACACUUGUCUGAGAAGAACCUCUACGGGCGGCUGGGGCUGGUGCCCUUGGACCACGUGGUGUCGCUUGUGGAGGAAAUCAGCCGCAUGGUGGACGAACUCAACCCCCUCAAUGCCUCCAAAGAGAUUGAGCUGGCCCUUGACCGGCUGGCCCAGGCCCUGCAGGUGGCCAUGGCAUCUGGGGCCUUGCUGUGGACCAGAGAGGAUCUCAGGACGGUGUGCUCCAGACUGCCACACAACAACCUCCUGCAGCUGGUCAUUUCGGGUCCAGUCCAGCAAGCGGCCCACGCCUCUCUGCCGCCAGGAUUUUAUCCGGCCAUCCACACUCCUCCGCUGGGGUAUCCGACCCACGCAGCGCACCCCGCCAUUCCAGCCCAUCCUGUGCAGACCUUUAUCCCAGGCAUGGCCUUUCCUUACCGGCCGGUCCGCUGAAGAACUUCAAGUCCACCUUGGUCUGGCAAAUAAUUCUCCAUCCGCCACAAAGACAGCCAAAUAUUUUUCUAUGCGACCUGACAUAAAGAAGAAGAGAUCCCCCCCCCCCCCCCCGGUGAGAAGGGAUGCCACUCGACUUUGAAACGGGACCAUUUUUAAAAUAUAGAAUAUAGCAACGAAUAGAUGAGAAGCUGUGUCUAAUUCUUUUUAAAGGGAUGGGCUGUCCUGGCAUCCCCCCCCCCCAAAAAAAAAUUCACCACCCAGUGUGGG